AGUUCGAGCAGAGCGGAGCAAAUCGGAGAGGGAAAGAGACAGCUGCCGCCGCCGCCGCCGCCUUGCUUGGGGAGGUCAGCGCGCCUUGGCUCCACCGUAUCGAGUGCCGGGCUGACGAGAGGGAGAGAGAGAGAAAGAGAGGUGCCGCCGGAGCAGGAGAGGUCUGGGCCCUGUGAAGUUUGUCCUCUGACUCGUCUCCUAAUUUCAUUCCAGAAGCCAUGUCAAGCAAAGGAAAGGCUAGAAGAUACAGGGGUUCAGUGAAGGAUUACCCAGACUUCAAUGCCAACCAAGAUGCUGAGGCACUGUAUAAUGCUAUGAAAGGCUUUGGCAGCGACAAGGAAGCCAUCCUGGAUCUCAUAACAUCUAGAAGCAAUAAACAAAGAGUUGAGAUCUGCCAUGCCUACAAGGCCCUGUAUGGGAAGGACCUGAUUGCAGAUUUGAAGUAUGAACUGACUGGGAAAUUUGAACGGCUGAUUGUGGGUUUGAUGAGGCCUUUGGAGUACUUUGAUGCCAAAGAAAUCAAGGAUGCAUUGAAGGGCAUUGGGACUGAUGAGAAGUGCCUUAUUGAAAUCCUGGCAUCUCGGACCAAUCAGCAGAUCCAUGCUCUGGUGGAGGCCUACAAAGAUGCCUAUGAGAGAAACCUAGAGGAAGAUGUCAUUGCAGAUACUUCAGGACAUUUCAAGAAGAUGCUUAUUGUUCUUCUGCAGGGCACCCGAGAAGAUGAUGAUGUUGUGAGUGAGGAUUUAGUGAAACAAGAUGCUCAGGCCCUUUUGGAAGCUGGAGAGCUGAAAUGGGGAACCGACGAAGCUGAAUUUAUUUUCAUUCUUGGAAACCGAAGCAAACAACAUCUUCGACUAGUCUUCGAUGAGUAUCUCAAGAUUGCGGGCAGACCCAUUGAGGUAUCCAUCCGGACAGAGCUGUCUGGGGAUUUUGAAAAACUCAUGCUAGCUGUAGUGAAGAACAUCAGGAGUUCUGCAGAAUAUUUUGCUGAUAGACUCUUCAAAGCUAUGAAAGGUUUCGGGACGAAGGACAACACAUUGAUUCGGAUCAUGGUAUCUCGGAGUGAGAUUGACAUGCUGGACAUCCGAGAAAUAUUUAGAACUAAAUAUGAGAAGUCUCUGCACCACAUGAUUGAGAGUGACACAUCUGGUGAAUACAAAAAAGCUCUUCUGAAACUAUGUGGAGGAGAUGAUGAUGCCGCAGGUGAGUUCUUCCCUGAAGCUGCGCAGGUGGCCUAUCAGAUGUGGGAACUUAGUGCAGUGGCUAAAGUAGAGCCGAAAGGAACCAUACAUCCAGCUUCGAAUUUCAAUGCUGACGGUGAUGCACAAGUGCUAAGGAAAGCUAUGAAAGGAUUAGGAACUGAUGAAGAUGCCAUCAUUGAGGUUGUCACACAGCGGAGUAAUAACCAGAGGCAAGAAAUCAUCCAGGCAUACAAGUCUCAUUAUGGACGGAAUCUGAUAGCAGACCUGAAAUCUGAAAUAUCGGGGCCUUUGGCGAAGGUUAUCCUUGGACUGAUGAUGACCCCAGCACAGUAUGAUGCAAAGCAGUUGAAGAAAGCCAUGGAGGGCGCUGGAACUGAUGAAAGUGUUCUCAUUGAAAUCCUGGCCACUCGGACCAACCAGGAAAUCCAGGCAAUUAAUGAAGCAUACAAAGAAGCCUAUCAUACUACUUUGGAAGAUGCGCUGAGUUCAGAUACUUCAGGACAUUUCAAAAGGAUCCUCAUUUCUCUGGCUUUGGGGGCCCGUGAUGAAGGAGGUGAAGAUUUUGCAAAAGCUCAUGCUGAUGCCCAGGUUGUUGCUGAAACCCUGAAAUUGGCUGAUGUUUCCAGCGAUGACUCUACAUCCCUCGAGACACGCUUCCUGAGCAUCUUGUGCACACAGAGCUACCCUCAACUCAGGAGAGUGUUCCAGGAGUUCAUUAAGAUGACCAACCAUGACGUGGCACAUGCCAUCAAGAAGCGGAUGUCUGGAGAUGAGCGGGAUGCCUUCUUAGCCAUUGUGAUGAGUGUCAAGAACAAGCAAGCUUUCUUUGCAAACAAGCUGUACAACUCUAUGAAGGGUGUUGGUACAGAUGACCGAACUCUCAUCAGGAUCAUGGUUUCAAGGAGUGAGAUUGAUCUGCUCAACAUCCGGCACGAAUUUUGGGAGAUAUACGAAAAAUCUCUCUACCACAUGAUUGAGAAGGAUACCUCCGGAGAUUACUGCAAAGCACUGCUAGCAAUUUGUGGAGGAGAAGAUUAAACAGUUGUUGACCGAUGUAGUAGCCCGUUGUCCUGUCUGAGCUGUUGUCACACACAUAUGUGCAGUCUAGGUGUCACUGUUGCUUUUAGAAGCUUCUGGGAAUGUUUUGGAGCCACUGAGAAGAUUCACUUUGUGUUGGGGAGAAAAAUAGCUUUCACGCAGAACUUAACACAGAAGAACCUCACAGGGGAUUCUCAGUUCUCUUGGGGGGAAUCCUUUGAACGGGCAUGAAUCUGAUUCGUAAACACACGUCCAACAACAUAAUACUGUUAUGGGUGCUUUAAACCAAAGAAAUAAAUUGUCAAAUGUUGCUGGCCAA